AUGUAUUGGAUUUAUACAUUUCUUUUAUUUUUUCCCUUAAAACAAUCGACUUGUUUGUCUAGUCUUUCAUGUUUUGGAAAUGAAAAACAAAUUACUAGUAAUAUUAGUGAUAAACAAAUUAAUUGUGUUGCCGAUUAUCUUUUGAUUGAAAGAAAUCUUAAAGCUGAAAUUUUUAUUGAAAAAGUUGGUAAGGAAGUGAAAGUUAUUAGAGGAAUUCCAAAAAAAUUGGUUAAAAAUUUGAAAAUUGAAGAAAAUGAAAUGAAAGAAUUUUAUGAAGAGGAUAAUUUUUGUUUUGAAGAAAACAAAGAAUUUGUUAUUGUAGACGAAAAUACUUCAAAAAAAGUUUUAAUUGUUAAAUAUCUUGUUAAAAAUAUUAAGAAAAAAUAUUUAAUUUUGUCGAAUGAAUAUCAAGAUUUUGGUGAGGAUAAUUAA